AAGACCGCGACCCCAAGUCAUUACAGACAACACCUACGAAGAUAAUACAUCUCCGCGACUUGAUCCGUAUUCAAAAGCCGCAGCCGAGAGCGACGCCGCCUUCGUCACAGAGCCGCGAUCAAGAUGCCCGAGGAGCGCCUAUGGAAGUUCAGAAAGCCGGAAUGGAUGAAUAGCUCCACGGCAAGGAGUGCGGGUGUAUAUGCAGCUGGUGCUCUGUCCUCACUCGCCUUCUUCAUCAUGCUCGAUGCGGCCGUCUGGUCGAAAUCCGCGCGGAACGGCAGCGAUAUCCACAUUGCCUUCAUCGACUGGCUGCCGCUGAUCUUCUCGUUCCUGGGCAUGCUGAUCAUCAACUCGAUCGAGAAGACGCGAUUGUCCGCGGACAGCUUCUCGUACUCGGGAUCGGGGGUCGCGUGGAAGGCGCGGGUGGUGCUGUUCCUGGGGUUUGCGAGUCUGGCGGGGGGCAUGGCGGGCGGCGUUACGGUCCUCGUGCUGAAGUAUGUGGUGCCGCAGACGGUAUGGCCUACGCUCUACAUGGGUGUUUCGAACGUGUUGGCGAAUGGGUUGGUUAUGUUGAGCUCGGUGGUGCUUUGGAUCUCUCAGAACAUGGAGGAUGAGUACGCCUAUAACUUGGCCCUGUGA